AUGUUGCCUGGAUCUGACUGGCUUUCUCACCAGUUGGGCCUGGAAGGGCUGAAAUCCGGAAUUCCCUCAGUCCUGAUCCUGUUCUUCUUGGCACUUAGCACAUGGAUCCUGGCUCAGGUCCUAUUCUUUCUCAAUGGAUACUACACCAACACCCAAAAACUUAGAUACUUCCCCCAGCCUCUCAUUUGGAACUGGUUUUUUGGCCACCUGGGCCUGAUAGACUUCACAGAGGAAAGUUUAAUUCGUAUUGUUAGUUAUGUGAACACUUUCAGGGAGGUCUUUCUCAUGUGGAUGGGCCCUUUCCGCCCAGUGGUUAUACUUUGCCACCCUGACUACAUCCGGCCUCUUACUUCUGCAUCAGCCCAUAUUGCACCCAAGGAUAACUUUAUCUAUGGAUUCUUGAAGCCCUGGCUAGGGGAUGGACUGUUGCUGAGUGGAGGAGACAAAUGGAGCCGGCACCGGCGCCUGCUGACCCCAGCUUUUCACUUUGACAUCCUCAAACCCUAUGUGAAGAUCUUCAACCAGUGUGCAGACAUCAUGCACGAGAAGUGGAAUCGUCUGUGCGCUGAGGAAAGCACCCAGCUGGACGUAUUUGAUCAUGUCAGUCUCAUGACCCUGGACACCCUGCAGAAAUGCAUCUUCAGUCAUAAUAGCAACUGUCAAGAGAAGCCAAGUCAAUACAUCUCCUCCAUCCUGGAGCUGAGUGUCCUUUCAACGAAACGUAGCAAUCAGUUCUUUAUGUACUGGGAUAGUCUGUACUUCCUCACGAGCCAGGGGAGACGCUUUACUCAAGCCUGCCGCCUCGUGCAUGACUUCACAGAUGCUGUUAUCAAGGCCCGGAAAAAAGUUAUUGCUGAACAAGGUGUUGAAGCCUUCCUCAAGGACAAGGGCAAAGGCAAGACCAUGGACUUCAUAGAUAUUCUGCUUCUGUCCAAGGAUGAAGAUGGGAAGCCUCUUUCAGACAAGGACAUUCGAGCAGAAGCUGACACCUUCAUGUUUGAAGGACAUGAUACAACUGCAAGUGGCAUCUCUUGGGUCCUCUACAACCUGGCCCAGCAUCAGGAAUACCAGGACCGCUGCCGCCAGGAGAUACAAGAGCUCCUGAAGGGCCGUGAAACGGAAGAGAUUGAAUGGAAUGAUCUAUCCCAGAUGCCCUUCCUGACCAUGUGUAUCAAGGAGAGUCUGCGGCUGCACCCACCAGUUCCUAUUGUUUUCCGUCAAUGCACCAAGGACAUCCAACUACCUGAUAGUCGAAUUAUUCCCAAAGGGAAUGUAUGCCUUAUCAGCAUCUUUGGAACCCACCACAACCCUACAGUGUGGCCCAACCCUGAGGUCUAUGAUCCAUACCGCUUUGACACCAAUAACCCCCAGAAGAUGUCACCCUUGGCAUUUAUGCCCUUCUCAGCUGGACCCAGGAAUUGCAUUGGCCAGAACUUUGCUAUGUCUGAGAUGAAGGUUGUGCUGGCCCUUACUUUGCUGAGAUUCCGUGUCCUCCCUCAUGGGAAUCCACCCCGGAGGAAGGCAGAGCUGGUCCUCCGAACAGAGAGUGGAUUGUGGCUGAAGGUGGAGCCAAUACAGCAUUCUUCCAGUCCUGAGGCAGACCUCCAGAAAGUCUCCCAGAAUUGAUAGAUGGGAAUUUUCUUUGGUCUUGGACAUGAAAAUCUGAUAGUUGCCUUCCCUUCUAAUCAACUCUGUCUUUGUUAUUAUUCUUCUAAAUAAAACAUAUUUCUA